CGCGCGGUAUAUAAACCGUCCGACGUCUGGUUCUUCUCACCAUUCGUCCCGAAGCACCGUACCAAACCGUAGCAGCUUGAACCGACCGAGUUCGAUUCGUUCGCCUAGUACAACACACAACAGUCACCACCAAAACUCAUCCGUCAUCAUGAUGUCUCAACUGGUUGUUGUAAUUGGGUUCGUAGCCGCGUGCUCGGCCAGUCCUUCUCUAUACUUCAGCGGUCCACAAUACUACAGCGGUUACUACGCAGCCCCCGCCGCCGUGGUCAGCCCCAUCAAGAGCCAAUACCACACACAAAACGAAUUCGGACAGUACGCUUACGGCUACAACGACGGAUACUCCAGCAAAUCCGAAACCAAGCACGCCAACGGUCUGACCGAAGGAGCGUACUCGUACGUCGACCCCAACGGAGUUCUCCAACAAUACAAGUACGUGUCCGACGAGAACGGUUACCGCGUGUCCGGCACCAACUUGCCAGUGGCCCCAGCCGUCCCAGCCGUCGAAGUCCCGGCCGUCCCAGCCGUCGAGUCCGUCGUCGCAGUCAAGGCCGUAGAAGCAGCCCCGGCCCCAGCCGUCUACCAAGCCGCCGAACUCCCACAACAGGUACAAGACACCCCUGAAGUGGCAGCCGCCAAGGUAGCUCACCAGAUCGCUUACGACGAGGCCAAGAAAGCCGCUGACGCCUCACCGGCCGAAAACGAAUCGUCGUCCGACAGCGUCGUCCAAGACUCCGCCGAAACACCCGCACCCGCCGCACCAGCAGCACCCGCAGCACCAGCCGCCGACCACUCCGGCAGCUUCGUAUCAGCCCCUGCAGUCUUGGCCACCGCACCCGCCGCCGUCUCCUCGUACAGUUACCACCCAACCGCAUACGCCGCUUACCCGUCGUACGCCACCGUCCACGCACCCGCCCCAGUCGCCACCUACGCUUACGGCCCAGUCGCAUCCUACGCAUACGCCGCCGCACCAGCCCCGUCUUACGCUUACACCGCCCCGUUCGCCGCCUCGUCGUACUCGCCGGUGCACAGCCAAUACCACUCCCAAGACGAGUUCGGUCAGUACUCGUACGGUUACAACAGCGGUUCGUCAUCUAAGGCCGAAGUCAAGACCCUCGACGGAGUCACCCGUGGAGGUUACUCGUACGUGGAUGCCAACGGACAGGUCCAACACUACAACUACGUUUCCGACCCGGUCAACGGUUUCCGCGUCGCCGGCACCAACCUGCCAGCAGCCAACGCUUUGUAAACGAAAGCGACCAGCCGCCAAAGUAAACUAAACGCUCUAUACCAACCCCCAACCGUCCCCACGAACACCCCAACCCCCAUUAACCCCAUCACGCUGCUACGUUGUUUUUAGGUACUGGAUGUAAACUUAAAUAUCAUAUUCGUGUACGAUACGAUACUCGCGGUACGUCACGCGUAUACCUCGUCUCUACAUAGGAGGAGGUCAGUGCCGUGACGAAUUUUCGCACUUGAGUAUAGCGUGCGUAAAUGAAUAUGGUAUUACUAUUAAUAAACGCGUGUUUAUGACUCUUCGUCGAGUUUUGUACAGGCUCCCCUCUAAAAUGGUCAACGGUCCGGAGGGGUAGCGCGACGUUGCCGAGGAUCGUCGGAUCCGUUUGCCGCCCGGCGUCAAACGAAACCGGUGGACUUUGAUUCGCGCAAAGAAAUUUCGUUUCUCGGCACCGUCACGCUCACUGCUCCACUUCCCCUCGCUCAACCACGAGGCGAAUGUAAAGGGCUGAUUAUUAAUAAAAAAAAAUACAUUUUUUUUUUAUUUUGUUAGCUUUUAAGUUUUUUUUUUUUUAUACUCUACACUGUCUUCACGUGAACACAUCAAUAUUAUUAUUGUAUUUUUGGUAAAUGAAAACUCUGUUAAUAAUAAAUUCACGAUUUUGUAACUGUA